AUGAACCCUUCGCCUACCGAAAUCCAUGUGCAAGAACCUAACCCAGAGCUCCCAAAGUCCUCGGCUGCGCCUGUGAGCGACACCCCGACCGGCGCGGCGGCCGACCGUGCUCUUUCCGCCGUUGGCAGUGGGAGCGCGGCGGUCAAGCCAGAUGCGCCUAACGGCAACGGGAGCACGUCCCCCACAGCUGUAACGGAGGCCAAGAUCGAUACAACAGCGAACGCGGUGCCGACCAGGUCGACGCCGAGCCCCCAACAGGCGAGCGGGGCGCAGACAGACGUGGCGGUUUCGGCCGCGAGUGGAGAGAAGGAGGCGGCCGAGGCAGCUGGGAAUGGUGCUCCAGAGACAAAGGCGGAGAGCAUCGACAAGCCAAAGGACGGCGGCGAUCAGUCGACUCACCACCCCUUGGUGGCCAGCGCCGUCCCCGGCCGUGUUCCCACGCCCUCGUCGCGCACGUCGACACCACCACUCACCGCGGCGGCGACCAAGAAGAAGUUCUCUUCGGUUUCCGUCAACAAGGAGUUUCUCUCAAAGGCCGCGAGCCCAGUCCCUGCUCCUGCCAAGCUCGUGCGCCCAGCAGCUGUGACAGCGCCAGUGCAGUCUGGCUCCAAGCUUCUGUCCACAAAGCUCACGACUGUCCCUUCCUCCAAGACGUCUACCUCACCAAAGCCGGCGGCAGCGACCACAACAUCAUCGACCACUUCCCCAUGGGCCAAGCCCGCCAUCCCAACCGAGCCGACCCCGCUUCUCCAGCAUCCCGCGCCAACGCGCCACGGCUUGCCAAACGUCGCCAUGGGUUCCGGACAAGGACUUGGAGCAGCGGCGAGACGUGCAUGGGGACCUGUUGUGGGUGGAGGUCAUCAUCCUGGAGAGGGAAGGAGUAUGCGGGGAGGACCACCACCGAUGCGUGACUUCCCCACUGCCAAGGAGGUUGCAGAAGUCAAACGUGCAGCCAUGCUCAACGCCCAAGCUGUGGCACAGGCCGAGGCCGCCCACAACCAGGCCAUCCUGUCGUCUCUGAACGAGUUUACCCAUCUGGAGCCGAACGCCCACCGAUGGGACGAAGAGGAUGACGAUGAUGAGGUGAUUGACUUUGGAGACGGCCAGACGUACGACAUCAAGGAGCCCGAGCCACCUGUGCACGAGGUGCCGGUGACAAAGUCGGAGCGCUUCCAGGACGACUUUGACCGCAGCUGGCCCAGGCGUCCCUCAGAGUCACGUACUCGCGAUUCCGGACGUGUGCUCUUCAACGCUUCGACGAACCGUCACGAACCAACACAGGGUCGUCAACCUCCUCCUUCCUCGCAGCAGCAUCCAACUAGGCUCAUGUCGCGAGACCUUCCUCCUCACGCCGCCCACGGCGGUGCUCACGACAGGGCCCCACCCCCGCAUCUGGCCGACUCGGGUCGCAUGCUGCCUCCUCACAUGGCGGCGUCAUCUGGUCCUGCUGGUCACCAACAUGCUCCAGAUGCGACAGCUCGCUCGUGGCGUGCAGCCCCGCCCGCCCGCGACGCCCCACCUCACGCCGCAGAGCACCACCCACCACCUCCUCGCGCUCCUCCAGCUGCUCGUGCUCCUCCUCCCCCUCCUGCCGCGCAACAACAACACCACGCACCACCACCGCCCCCUGCUCCUGCUGCUGCGGCAUCAGUGACUUCACCAGUCAGCAGCACUGGCGCUCUCCCUGCUACCACCGUUGCCGGCGACACCCAAGCAGCUGAGAUGCACUCGGCGGCAGAGAAGGCUCGUCUGCGCCGCCUGGAGGAAGAGGCUGCGCGUGAAGCAGCAGCCGAACGUGCGCGCCAGAAAGCUCGCGAGCUUGCCGAGAGGUUCGGCCCAGCGCCCACUGCACCUGCGUCCGCGGACAAGAAGCCCGCCAAGGCGGCUGCCGCACCACCAGCACCAGCUGCUGCAGCGGCCACUUCACCCGUGGCCCCUCCCCCCGGCCUGCCCAAACCUGCUCCUCCCCCCGGCUUUAGCAACAAGGCCGCGCCGCAGGUCACUAUUGCCACUCGUCCUCGUCCCGGUGCUGCCGAGGCCGCUGUCCCCGCCGAGCCGCGCGCUCCCGACGCGGCCCCCCACCCUGCAGACCAGGCCACAUCCUGGCGCCGUGCAGCUCCAGUGGCACAGCAACAAGCCCAGCCAGAGCACCGCGAGCCUCGUGAACAGCGCGAACCACGCGAACAGCGGGAACCCCGUGAACAGCGCGAGCCCCGUGAACCUCGCGAGCCCCGCGAACCCCGUGGCAACAAGGGACGCCGUGCUAGCAAUGACCAGGGCCCUCGACCGGCGGAAGUCGCGCGCGAGCGUCGCGCACCCCGUGACGGACCCCCUCCUGUUCAGCACGGUCGUGAGCUCCCACCGCACGUUUCACCCAACGACAUGGCGCCUGCCCCCUCAAAGCCGCCUGGUCUACCAGAGCCUACGCACACGACGGAGAUUGCCGCACCGGUCCCCCAGCCCAUGUCCAAGAAGGAAGCCAACUUUGACGCGAUGCUCGCGCGUCUGCAAGCUGCCAUGGCCAAGGCGCGUUCAUCACCGUUUGCCGAGGAGGCUGAAGAGAGCGACGAGGGUCCCAACGAGACGGCCCGUUCAGCCACUGUGCCCGAACCAGCGACGGUUGCACCGGCACCACCUGCUGCGCCGUCGUCGGCGCCAUCGUCCGCCCCAGCGUCCGCUGUGCCCAAGGCCCCCAAACCCAAGCCCCAGCGGCCCCGUCUCCCUCACCUCCCCGCCGAGUACUUUGACUUCACCGAGCCAGAGAUCCCUCGCUCACCCCCGCCUGCGUGGCGGCAGUACACGGUCAAGGUUCCCAAGACUGCGCGUCCCAUCCCCAACAUUCCUCGUUGGCGUUUGCGUCUGGCGGAGGGUCUCCGUAUCCCGGCCCCCAAGGGCUGGAUGAUGACCUUUGAGCCUCCUAUCCACUACCUCCCGCCCCACCUCACCCUUCCCGACAUUCUUCUCCCCCAGCCCAUUGGCCGCCGGUUCGCAAAGCAUGUCGACACUGGCCCUAUCGUGAGCAUCUCGCCGCGCUCGUUGGUCAUGUUUGAGCGCAAGAAGAAGCGCCGCUCCAACGAGACUCGCCAUCUCGAGAUUUCUGUCCCGGCCUCGUCCAUUGCUCCCGAGCCGUCGCAGACGCAGGCUCCCUUGGCCGUGCCGUCCGAGACGGAAGCCCUUCCCAAGGACCGCCGCUUCCUUGUCGAUGGUGAGUCUGUUCCAGGCUCUGCCGACAAGCCCGGCGUCCGCUUCAUGGUGUCGAGCGAGCUCGAUGGCGACAGCCUGCUUGAAGAGGUCAACAAGAUGAGCCUGGAGCACAUUGGCGAGCUCGAGGACAAGGGAUCCUCCAAGCCCAUCAACAAGUCUGGUGAACCGCGUCCCAACACGCCGCCCUCGACUGCUGCCCAGGUGCGCACCAACCCGACUUCGCCCAGCACGGCGGCCCAGGGCCCGUGGGCCAAGUCUGCUCUGUACCCGGUCACGUCGCCUGCUCGCGGUGCACCGCAGCACGAGCACCUGAAGAGCGUGUGGGAGAGCACUGCGACGACGACGACGGCCACGACGACUGCACCCCCGUCAGUCCCCAGCCAGCCCGAGACGCCGCUGUACCCGACUCUGAACGCUCCCAUCACUGCGUCGGACCCGACCAACGGCCAAGGCGGCCUGAAGCAGGGCUUCCCGACCAUGGGCGGCCAGCCUGCGUCGUCUGCGUUCUCGGUCCGCUCGGCAUCCCUCACCCAGCCCGGGUACCAGUACAUGUCCUCGGGCGGCGCGAGCCCCGACGGCGGCAUGGGCAUGCAGUACGGCCUCAUCGGACGUAACGGCACGGGCGGCAGCGCCAACGGCUUCCAGCAAGGGCUGUGGACGUCGCCGUCGUUUGGCUCGUCACUCGCCACUCCGGGCGGCUACCGCAGCUUUUCGGGCAACAACAACAACAAGGGCGGCAGCGGCAGCAUGGACCAGAAGGGCGGCAACAAUGCGAUGCAGGCGCCCUUCUCCCCCGGGCCCGGAAAGGACGGCCAACCCGUCCAAGUCCCCUACCUCAACGACUACCGCUACCCGACCCAGCCCGGCGGCAGCGGCUUCCAGCCCGGCGGCGGCGCGUUCAACGGCUACCCGGGCGCGCAGUACCGCAACCCCAGCCAGCAGCUGUACGGCCACGCAGGGCAUGCGGGCCACUCGGGCCACUCGGCGCACGCACACGCGCACGCGCACUCGGGCCACGCCGGCCCCGCGGGAGGAUAUGGCCACACGGGCUUUGGCACGCAGAUGGCCAACGCGCGUCCGGCGGGCUCGCGCUUCCCGAGCGUGAACGGUGUGGGCGUCGGAGUGGGCGUGGGUGUCGGCGUGGGUGUCGGAGUGGGCGGCGUCGGACUCGGCGUCGACUACCAGGCCCAGGCGAUGGGGUACGACCCCACCGGCGCGGCGGGAUACUACUCCCAAGGCGCGGGGUACGCGCCCGGAUACGGCGCGGGUGUCCAGCAGCAGCAACAGCAGCAACAGCAACAGCAGCAGCAGCAGCAGCAGCAGCAGCAGCAACAGCAGCAGGGCACGCGCCGCUCCGUUGGCCGGUUUCAGUAA